GUAAGCAAAGCAGGCACGGAGAGAGAGAGUGAGGCAGGCAGGCAGGCAAGGAGAAGGGUCCAUGCUUUAACUCAGACGGGGGCUGUUCAUUUACCUGGGACGUUAAUCUCUUCUCCAGGCAGCCUGGGCUUCCCUGGAACCUGGACUAUUCACUGAGCACCCAAGGCAACUGUGGUUCCAUGUAUUGCUAAGGGCUCCUAGAGGCAAUUGCUGAUGUGUUUACGUAGGAGCCAUGGUCAUUCUACGCCAGGGGGAUUAUGUGUGGAUGGACCUCAAAACCGGUCGGGAAUUUGAUGUUCCCAUUGGAGCCGUGGUCAAACUUUGUGACUCUGGGCAGAUCCAGGUGGUGGACGAUGAAGGCAACGAGCACUGGAUUUUCCCUCACAAUGCCAGCCACAUCAAACCCAUGCAUCCAACCUCUAUCCACGGGGUGGAGGACAUGAUCCGCCUGGGGGAUCUGAAUGAAGCUGGGAUUCUGCGGAACCUGCUCAUCCGUUACCGAGAGCACCUUAUCUAUACGUAUACAGGUUCGAUAUUAGUGGCAGUGAAUCCCUACCAGCUGUUACCUAUCUACUCUCCAGAGCAGAUACGGCUGUACACCAACAAAAAGAUUGGGGAGAUGCCCCCCCACAUCUUCGCAAUAGCUGACAACUGCUACUACAACAUGCAACGCAACAACAGGGACCAGUGUUGCAUCAUAAGUGGCGAGUCUGGUGCAGGGAAGACGGAGAGCACCAAACUGAUCCUGCAGUUCCUGGCUGCUAUCAGCGGGCAGCAUUCCUGGAUUGAGCAGCAGGUGCUGGAGGCAAACCCCAUUUUAGAAGCUUUUGGAAAUGCAAAGACAAUUCGUAAUGACAACUCCAGCCGAUUUGGUAAAUACAUCGACAUCCAUUUCAACAAGAGGGGAGCCAUCGAAGGGGCAAAGAUUGAGCAGUACCUGCUGGAGAAAUCUCGAGUCUGCAGACAGGCCCAGGAUGAGCGGAAUUACCAUGUAUUUUACUGUAUGCUGAAAGGAAUGACACCAGAACAGAAAAAGAAACUGGGUCUUGGGAAAGCCACUGAUUAUAACUACCUCGCUAUGGGUAACUGCACUACCUGUGAUGGCAGAGACGAUAGUAAGGAGUAUGCAAACAUUCGCUCUGCAAUGAAAGUCCUGAUGUUCACCGACACUGAGAACUGGGAGAUCUCAAAGCUUCUGGCAGCCAUAUUGCAUAUGGGGAAUUUGCGGUAUGAAGCACGGAUGUAUGAUAACCUGGAUGCCUGUGAGGUUGUUCGCUCUGCGUCAUUAAUCACUGCAGCUUCAUUACUGGAGGUGGAUCCUCAGGAUGUGAUGAACUGCCUUACUAGCCGCACAAUAAUCACGAGAGGAGAGACCGUCUCCACCCCUCUCAGCAUGGAGCAGGCGCUGGAUGUGAGGGAUGCUUUUGUCAAGGGAAUCUACGGGCGGCUUUUCGUGUGGAUUGUGGAGAAGAUCAAUGCUGCCAUUUACAGGCCUCCCUCCCAUGAACUACAGAGUGUCAGGAGGUCCAUUGGUCUUCUCGAUAUCUUCGGCUUUGAGAACUUCACUGUGAACAGUUUCGAGCAGCUCUGCAUCAACUUUGCAAAUGAGAACCUGCAGCAGUUCUUUGUGCGCCACGUCUUCAAGCUGGAGCAGGAGGAAUAUAACCUGGAGAACAUUAACUGGCAGCACAUCGAGUUCACCGACAACCAGGAUGCCUUGGACAUGAUCGCCAUCAAACCCAUGAACAUCAUAUCACUCAUUGAUGAGGAGAGUAAGUUCCCCAAGGGUACAGAUACCACAAUGCUGCACAAGCUGAAUUCCCAGCACAAGCUAAACACCAACUACAUCCCGCCGAAGAAUAACCAUGAAACCCAGUUUGGCAUUAACCACUUUGCUGGUGUUGUCUACUAUGAAACCAAAGGGUUUUUGGAGAAAAACAGGGACACGCUUCAUGGAGACAUCAUUCAGCUGGUCCAUUCCUCUAAAAACAAAUUUAUCAAGCAAAUCUUCCAAGCGGACGUGGCUAUGUUUCUCUGUGGCUAUGCAUCCAGUUCUUUUGGCCAGUCACCAGCACCCACUCCAAAGGGAGCAGAGACAAGGAAGCGCUCGCCGACACUCAGCAGCCAGUUCAAGCGAUCUCUCGAGCUGUUGAUGAGAACCCUCAGCGGGUGCCAGCCCUUCUUCGUCCGCUGCAUCAAACCUAAUGAAUAUAAGAAGCCCAUGUUAUUUGAUCGGGAGCUGUGUGUUCGCCAGCUGAGGUACUCAGGGAUGAUGGAGACCAUCCGGAUCCGCAGGGCCGGCUAUCCCAUCCGCUACAGCUUCGUGGAGUUUGUGGACAGGUAUCGUGUCCUCAUGCCCGGGGUGAAGCCGGCGUACAAGCAGGGCGACCUGCGUGGAACGUGCCAGCGAAUUGCUGAAGCGGUGCUGGGAAAAGAUGAUGAUUGGCAGAUUGGCAAGACCAAGAUUUUCCUGAAGGAUCACCAUGAUAUGCUGCUGGAGAUUGAGAGGGACAAGGCCAUCACAGACAAGGUCAUCCUCAUCCAGAAGGUGGUUCGUGGGUUUAAAGACAGGUCCAAUUUCCUGAAAGUGCGACAUUCGGCCCUGAUGAUUCAGAGAUACUGGCGGGGACAUAACUGCAGAAAGAACUAUGGUGCUAUGAGGAUUGGGUUCCUGAGGCUCCAGGCCCUCUACCGUUCCCGCAAACUCCACACGCAGUACCACAUGGCUCGCAGACGGAUCAUCGAGUUCCAGGCAAGGUGCCGGGGCUGCCUGGUGCGCAGGGCCUUCCGCCAUCGCCUUUGGGCUGUCUUUACAAUCCAGGCUUAUGCCAGGGGCAUGAUAGCACGGAGGCUAUAUAAGCGCCUUAAGGGAGAAUAUCACCGCCGUCUGGAAGCAGAGAAGCUUCGUCUGGCAGAAGAGGAACGGCUCCGGAAGGAGAUGAGUGCCAAGAAAGCCAAAGAGGAAGCAGAAAAGAAGCACCAAGUACGCCUUGCCCAACUGGCCCGGGAAGAUGCUGAGAGAGAGGUGAAGGAGAAAGAGGAAGCCCGUCAGAAGAAGGAACUCUUAGACAAAAUGGAGAAGGCCCGAAACGAGCCAGUGAACGACUCAGAUAUGGUAGACAAAAUGUUUGGAUUCCUAGGGACCACUUCAUCUCUGCCAGGCCAGGAAGGACAAGCACCCAAUGGCUUUGAGGACCUUGAGCGAGCCCAGAAGGAGCUAGAGGAAGAGGAUUUAGACGCAGCUUUGCCCCUCCCCGAGGAAGAGGAGGAAGACCUUUCGGAGUAUAAAUUUGCAAAGUUUGCAGCCACCUACUUCCAGGGCACGACGACACACACGUACAUCCGCCGGCCGCUUAAGCAGCCCCUUCUGUACCACGAGGAUGAAGGAGACCAGUUGGCAGCACUUGCAGUGUGGAUCACUAUCCUUCGUUUCAUGGGAGACCUUCCUGAGCCUAAAUACCAUACGGCUAUGAGCGACGGCAGCGAGAAGAUUCCAGUGAUGACCAAAAUCUAUGAGACUCUAGGGAAAAAGACCUACAAAAAGGAGCUGCAGGCUUUGCAGGGGGAAGGAGAGAGCGCUCACAUAGAUGGCCACAAGAAGAACAGUGUGCGGCACAAACUGGUCUCCUUGACUCUAAAGAAGAAAUCCAAACUGACUGAAGAGGUGACAAAGAGACUCCAUGACGGUGAGUCCACCCUCCAAGGCAACAGCAUGCUUGAAGACCGACCCACCUCCAACUUGGAGAAGCUGCAUUUCAUUAUUGGUAAUGGCAUCCUCAGACCAGCAUUAAGGGAUGAAAUCUAUUGUCAAAUCUGCAAACAGCUCACCCAGAACCCUUCCAAAAGCAGCCACGCCAGAGGCUGGAUCCUGAUGUCGCUGUGCGUGGGAUGCUUUGCUCCUUCCGAAAAGUUUGUGAAGUAUUUAAGGAACUUCAUCAAUGGAGGUCCUCCUGGUUACGCUCCCUACUGUGAAGAGAGAUUGAGGAGAACAUUUGCAAAUGGGACUAGGACCCAGCCGCCCAGCUGGUUAGAAUUACAGGCGACAAAGUCCAAGAAACCUAUCAUGCUGCCUGUUACGUUUAUGGAUGGGACAACGAAAACGCUGCUAACUGACUCUGCAACGACUGCUAAAGAGCUCUGCAAUUCCUUAGCUGACAAGAUCAGCCUGAAGGAUCAAUUUGGGUUUUCGCUUUACAUCGCACUGUUUGACAAGGUCUCAUCCUUGGGGAGCGGCAACGACCACGUAAUGGACGCUGUGUCUCAGUGUGAACAGUACGCCAAAGAGCAGGGAGCCCAGGAGCGCAACGCACCAUGGCGGCUCUUCUUCAGGAAGGAGAUCUUCACCCCGUGGCACAAUCCGAGCGAAGACAACGUGGCAACCAACCUCAUUUACCAGCAGAUAGUCCGAGGGGUGAAGUUUGGGGAGUACCGAUGUGACAAGGAAGAAGACUUGGCAGAACUGGCUUCCCAGCAGUAUUACGUAGACUAUGGGGCAGCGAUGGUGCUGGAGCGACUCCUGAACUUAAUCCCCUCCUACAUCCCUGACAGAGAGAUCACUGCUUCGAAAACAGUGGAGAAAUGGGCUCAGCUCAUUAUAGCUGCACAUAAAAAGGGAAUUUAUACUCAGAAGAGAGCAGACCCAAAAAAAGUCAAGGAAGAAGUGGUGGAUUUUGCACGUUUCAAGUGGCCUUUGCUGUUUUCUAGAUUCUAUGAAGCCUUCAAAUUCUCAGGACCCAGCCUGCCUAAGAACGAUGUGAUUGUAGCUGUGAAUUGGACCGGAGUGUACUUUGUGGAUGAACAAGAACAAGUCCUCUUAGAACUCUCCUUCCCAGAGAUCAUGGCUGUCUCAAGCAGUAGAGGGGGAAAGCUCCAAGGGCAGAGUUUCACCUUGGCCACCAUUAAAGGGGACGAAUACACCUUCACCUCCAACAAUGCAGAGGACAUCCGGGAUCUUGUUGUCACCUUCCUAGAAGGACUAAGGAAAAGAUCAAAGUAUGUUGUCACUCUCCAAGACAACCCAAACCCCGUGGGAGAAGAAUCUGGAUUUCUCAACUUCCAUAAAGGAGACCUGAUUGUUAUGGACCAGGACACUGGAGAGCAUGUCAUGAACUCGGGCUGGGCCAAUGGGGUCAAUGAAAGGACCAAACAGAGAGGAGAUUUCCCAACAGACUGUGUUUACGUCUUGCCGACUGUCACCAUGCCGCCUCUGGAGAUUGUGGCGUUAGUCACAAUGACCCCUGACCAGAGGCAAGAUGUUAUUAGAAUGUCCCAACUGGCGAUUUCAGACAGUGAAGAAAGAGUGAAGCCGUAUACCUUGGAAGAGUUCUCCUAUGAUUAUUUUAGGCCACCUCCGAAGCACACUCUGAGCCGGGUGAUGAUCACCAAAAAUCGAGGGAAAGACAAACUGUGGUGCUACACUCGAGAGCCCAUCAAGCAGCCCUUGCUGAAGAAGAUCCUGGGCAGCGAGGAGCUGUCCCAGGAAGCCUGCAUGGCAUUCAUUGCUGUGCUGAAGUAUAUGGGUGACUAUCCAUCCAAAAGAACCCGCUCAGUCAACGAGCUAACAGACCAAAUAUUUGAAGGUGCCUUGAAAGCUGAACUGUUGAAAGAUGAAAUCUACUGUCAGAUCCUCAAGCAGCUCACUGACAACCACAUUAAGUACAGCGAAGAGAAAGGUUGGGAGCUGCUUUGGUUGUGCACAGGCCUAUUCCCUCCCAGUAAUGUUCUCCUGCCCCAUGUCCAGAGGUUUCUCCAGUCCCGGAAGCAUCACCCCCUAGCCACAGAUUGCAUACAGAGACUCCAGAAAGCACUGAGGAAUGGAUCCAGGAAGUAUCCUCCCCAUCUGGUUGAAGUGGAGGCAAUUCAACACAAAACCACCCAAAUUUUCCACAAAGUUUACUUCCCCGAUGACACUGAUGAGGCAUUUGAAGUAGAGUCCAGCACUAAGGCCAAGGAUUUCUGCCAGAACAUCUCCAGCAGACUGCUGCUGAAGUCAUCGGAGGGCUUCAGCCUCUUCGUCAAAAUCUCCGACAAGGUUAUCAGCGUCCCAGAAGGAGAUUUCUUCUUUGACUUUGUCAGACAUCUUACAGACUGGAUAAAGAAAGCAAGACCUGCAAAAGACGGUAUAGUGCCUUCUCUCACAUACCAAGUGUUCUUCAUGAAAAAAUUGUGGACAAACACCAUCCCUGGGAAGGAUUCAAUGGCAGACUCCAUCUUCCACUAUUAUCAGGAAUUACCAAAGUACCUGCGUGGCUACCACAAGUGUACUCGGGAAGAGGUCUUACAGCUGGCAGCUCUGAUCUACAGGGUGAAGUUUGAGGAUGACAAGUCCUAUUUCCCCAGCAUCCCCAAGCUUCUGAAGGAGCUGGUGCCUCAGGAUCUUCUCCGGCAGCUUUCUCCGGACGACUGGAAAAGGUCCAUUGUGGCGUAUUUCAAUAAGCAUGCAGGCAAAACAAGAGAAGAAGCCAAGCUUGCCUUCCUAAAGAUUGUCUUCAAGUGGCCUACAUUUGGAUCAGCCUUUUUUGAAGUGAAGCAAACUACCGAGCCAAAUUACCCAGAGAUCCUUUUAAUUGCCAUCAACAAACACGGAGUCAGCCUCAUAGAUCCCAAAACCAAGGAUAUUCUCACGACUCAUCCCUUCACCAAGAUCUCCAACUGGAGCAGCGGCAACACGUACUUUCACAUAACCAUUGGCAACCUGGUGCGGGGAAGCAAACUGCUCUGUGAAACGUCGCUGGGCUACAAGAUGGAUGACCUCUUGACCUCGUACAUCAGUCAGAUGUUGACAGCCAUGAGCAAACAGAGGAGUGCAAAGGGCAGCAGCAAGUGAACUGAAAGAAGCCAUUGGCAGGUGGCCAUGGAGCUAAUUCACCAGCUGAGGCCUGUGGGAUACCCCUGCAGCUGGGGCAGAACCUUUUCUACCCAGAUGUGGAAGAUGAUCCAGACUCCUUCAGAAAGCUCAUCCGACUCUGAUCUUGAGGGCUCAAGUCCCAUUUCCCCUUCCAGCGAGGACGACUAUCUGUGAUGCUGACCUCCAAUUCCCCCCUCCUCCCUAGUAAGCCCCGUUUUAAACUUCUAAGCUUUCUGGGUGACAGACAGUGACUGAUCAACAGAGAAGUGUCAGUAGGAUGUUUACUAUCAAACCAAAUGACUGAAGUUUGCAAAGGAUUGUAGGAAAAAGUCGCGAGUCUCGUUUUUAAAAAGGGGAAGGUAGUCAGGGUGCCGUUAAGGGCUUUGGAGAAGUUCUGGGCAUCCGAGAUUUGCUGAUCAGUAACCUAACCCUGCUCCAUUGUAGAGAAAAAUCCCAUCCACUCUCCUGCAGGUAUCUUGACAUUACAACAGAACAAAAAGAAAUCCAUUUGUUUUAUACAAAAAAAAAAAAAGCCGAGGGAA